AGUAACGUCCCUGUACAAGAGAGCGCCGCUAACGUUAGCAAUGGACCACUCUGAAGAGACAACGUGGAGGCCACCCCGGGUAUGUGAUGACUACUGGAGUGAAUUCAAACACUGCAAGAGCUUGUGGAAUCGCUUCCACCACUACUACACUUAUGGUACCUCCCCAUCCUGCCAGCAGUGGAAGGAGGACUACCAUAACUGCAGAGAAUGGGAGAAACACAGAGGCACAGAGGCAAAGGAAGCACUGCAAAGGAGUGAAAGGAACAGAGUGGCAGAGCAGAGAAGGUUCACCCCAGUGUGGAAACUGAGGCAAGACCCUCCCAGAGACUGGCACAUGCCCCUGAACCAGGAGAAGCCUCAGGAUUCCUGAACUGUAACUAUUAUUAACCUGCUGUCUCUGCACCAUGGUGGCCGAAACAAAGUGAAAUGAACAUUCUGAGUAUACUGUAUUUCACUUCAUGGACAUAAACUCCUCUAGAGCCACAUGCUGGAGAGACUGGUCAUCACUUUCUGCUAUCUCAGGUUGUGUUCAGAAAGCUGCUAUAUGAAAACAGAUAUGUAUAUUCAAACAGUGGUGACAGCAUUUAGAUGUUAAUGAUGAGGAUGACGGAUAACUGUUCUACGUGCAAAUUACAGUAUGAUUUCUGAAAGGCAUUAUGUUUUCGACAUUAUCAUAAACAUUGAAGUCUCCAAAGCUUGUAUAAACUGAAGUACAGUGGCUUAGUGCACUCACUGUAAACAAGUUUAAUAGUAAUCUCUUGUUUUUCUUUCCAAGGAAAGGGCAACAUUGGGUCACAUUAUGCAGUGCAGACAUUUUUGAGAAUCCAUGAAUCCAUCUAAGUAAUGAAGGGUUUGCUGUGCAUUGUUUUGAUAUGGGUUAAAUUAAAAAUGUAUCCUGCACUAAGACACAGUGCACAGCUUUUGUUUGCAUCAACCAGAAUAGCACUGUAUGAAUUCUCUUCAACCACAGUAAAGGUGCUGUUUUUGAUACUGUAGAGACUUGUCCAUGAUGAAUUAUAUUAUUGUUGCAUUAAUAUGGCAGAACUCUGCUGUAAAAUUUCAACCCGUACAGAGCUGGGUAUUAUCAGUUUGCCUUAUUUGAUUAUAGAUUUAUUCCUACAUAAAAUGUUAAAAAAAUAAUUCUGAACAAAUUGGAUCAAUAAAAAAAAAUCACA